GCCUGAAGCGGUGUCAGUCAUGUUUCAGUCUUAACGUUGUUUACACCAAAGUAUUAAUAAUUAAAAAUACGCAGUCUUCCGGACACAUUUAAUAUCUGAACAGCGUAUUUUUAAACGAAUUCGGUGCAGUUGUUCGUCAAACACUAGAGUAACAACACACAGGUUUUGUUUGUGGAAAUGUCGGUUUCAAGCGAAAACGUUAAUGUUGGUGAAUUGAACAAAUCACUGCUACAUUUCGACUGGUCGGACUAUGCGGUUUUUCUGCUGAUGUUGGCCGGAUCUGCCAUGAUUGGAAUCUAUUUCGGUUUUGUUCAACGAAAUUCGAAAAAGAAAUCGGCAGACACUGCUCAUGAAUCUGAAGUUGCGAAUGAAUAUUUGAUGGGAGGAAAGCGAAUGUCGGUAUUUCCAGUGGCUGUUUCGCUGGUGGCAAGCUGGAUAUCGGGAAUCUUCUUAUUAGGAACGGCUACCGAGAUCUAUUUGUAUGGAACAAAUUACAUUUACGUUAUUAUCAGUUUGGCCGUAUCCGGAAUAAUAAUUCGAUUCAUUUUCCUGCCCGUCUUCUAUAACUUACAGCUGACGUCAACAUAUGAAUAUCUUGAAAUGAGAUUCGAUAAACGGCUGCGAAUGUUUGGCUCUGUAAUGUAUACCAUUUCAACGAUAUCCUACCUACCUGUUGUGAUCUAUGUGCCUGCGUUAGCAUUUAACCAAGUAACUGGUGUAAAUAUCCAUGCCGUCACUCCGUUUGUAUGUUUGGUAUGCAUAUUUUAUACACUGGUGGGAGGCAUUAAGGCCGUGGUUUGGACCGAUUGUGUGCAGAUGAUACUGAUGCUUCUGUCUAUGAUUGUGAUAAGCAUCAAAGGAACUAUCGACAUUACCGGAUUACAAACGAUUUGGGAUCGGAACUGGGAUGGUGGACGACUCAAUUUUCCGGAAUUGACUUCGGAUCUAACUGAGAGACAUUCUGUUCUGUCGCUCCUCAUUGGCGGAAUACCGCUCUACGUAUACACUUGCAGCAUGAGCCAGUCAAUGCUUCAACGAUACGUGGCCUUACCUUCACUAAAAGAUGCGAACAAGGCGUUGAUCAUAUUCAUGAUCCUAAUAUCCGCGUUCAUUAUAAUCUGUUCUUACAAUGGAUUACUCAUCUAUGCGUGGUAUGCUGGAUGUGACCCGCUCAAAACCAAAUUGAUCAGCGCACCAGACCAACUUCUUCCAUUGCUGAUGAUGAACGUACUUGGUGACUAUCCAGGAAUGCCUGGCUUGUUUAUUGCUGGAAUAUUCAGCGCAGCAUUGAGUACUCUGUCAACAUGUUUAAAUUCAAUGGCUGCUGUCGUACUGGAAGAUUUCUGUAAACCAUUUGUGAAAAGCCCAUUGAGUGAAAAGCGGACGGGCUACAUAAUGCGAGGCACUGUCCUCAUUAUCGGAAUCAUUUCGGUUACUCUCGUAUUUGUCGUAGAGUAUCUGGGAACAGUGUUACAGUUAACGGUUACCCUGAGCAGUAUGGCGGCAGGACCUCUAUUCGGUUUGUUCACAGUGGGAAUAUUGUGUCCGUGGGUGAAGAGAAGGGGAGCGCUAACCGGUGGAAUAGUUUCGUUGCUCGCAAUGAUUUUGAUGUUAAUCUAUGCACAACACGACAUAGCCACAGGAGCUUUAAAAUUUACCCGAAAGCCGUUAUCGACGGACGGAUGCAAUUACUCAUUUACGAAUGUCGUUGAGCCGACAAAUUCAACUCUACUAGUCGACGAAGAAGAAAGUACGUUCCGCAUUCAUCACAUGUCAUACCUAUUCUAUACACUCUUCGGCGGUGUUAUUACAAUAAUCGUCGGCAGUGUGACCAGUUUGAUUUGGAAAGAGAAGACCGAAGAGGAUGUCAAUCCGAUGCUGUUUUCACCGUUUGUGCGGAAAUUUGUAACGUUCAAAGAAGUGGACAGAAGGAGUUGUGUGACACACACAUUUGAGUUGAAAAACGUUCAGACGUAGAUUAGCGUAGAAACGAAUUUUUGUUGUGAGAGUUAUUGAGGUGACAUGGUGGCGCUGGUUGAUGAUAAUCGGCACCGAUAAAUUGCGUUAAUAGAGCCACCAUGCCAUCUCUGGCACAGACAAUGUAGUGAAUAAUUUGUUCAAUUUAGUCCAUAUCGAUAAGAAAAUAUUAAAAAAACAUCCGAGAUUACAA